AUGCAACAGCCUGGGCUGACCACCAGCGACGUCAAGGACUCCCCACUGACUCUGGUGAUGGGCCUGCCUGCCCCCGUGGCCGGCGGCGGCGGCGACGGCGCGGAGCUGGCAGCACUGGGGUACAUGUUCAACGACGACGGAGACUCCAUCCAGGGCGGUGACAAGCAGGUGGUGCGCAUCGCCGGUGAUGAGAUCGCGCGCGUAAUCAGCGAGACGGGGCUGCACUUCGUGGAGAGGAACCCCAUCGUGGUCUAUGCGGAGGAGGGCCAGGCCGCCCGGCUGCAGACCGACAUCAGCGCUGGCCUGGAGGUGAAGACCCGCAUGCUGGUGGGCCAGACCCUGGAGGCGUUGCGCACCCAGGGCACCGGCAACGCCUUCGUGGUGGAGGCAUUGCUGCGCCAGUUCCUGGUGGAGCUUAAGGCAAUCUACCCGCCGGAGCUGGGGCCUCUGAUGGACUGGCUGGAGCAACUCCUUGCCACCGUGCGCGCCGCCAAACCCCGGGCCGGUGAGACCAUGGUGGAAGCAGCGGUGCACGCGGGCUGCGCUUACCUCAAAGACGAGCUGCGCAAGGUGUCUGAGAAGGUGCUGCUGAUGAACCUGAAGCGGUCCAACAUGUUCAGGCCCCACGCUGCCCAGCCGUCGGCUGGCGGCGCUGGCUACCCCAAGGCGGCCCGCACGGACCAGCGCACGGACCAGCAGAUUUGCCGCCAGUUUGCUGCCAACGGGGCCUGCAACUAUGGCGACAAAUGCAAGUUCAAGCACGUCCCCCCCCGCUCCGGCACGCCCGCCCCGUAA